AUGCAAGUGGAUGAGGAAAGUGUUAGGCCAGUACCUACUAUAAGGAAAUUAAAAGUUAAAAAACAACCAUUAUUCGAAGAAGAAGAGUUAGAAGAGUAUGAAACCUAUUACUCUGAAGAAUUUGAACUAGACAGUGAGGAAGAAAAAAUAGUAAUUAAAGACGACAAUUUGGCCAUAUACUUAACUGAGGUAAAUCCUAUAGUCCUGAGCAAGAAUAAUAAGGAUUCUUGGGCCUAG